CCUAGAGCAGGAUAUCAAGCUCAGCUAGUGGCGUUUCCCCGUGGCGUGAGUCUGGUCCCCAUGGCUUCCCGCGCAAAUGCGUCCAAAAUAGCACCAAGGAUUGGGAAUAACGAGGUAUUAGCCCGGCGCGUGGGCGCCUUCGAUAUUGAAAAAUCCCGAGUUACCGGGUGAAGUGCUGCACGAGGCUUGCUGAGAUCUGUGGCUCGCGAUAAAAAGAAAAGACCUCACCUGUUCGGGUUCGCCGUGGAACGUAUACAAAGGGAUCGCGGGUUCUUCGUUCGUCUGGUCAUUCACAACCUCCUUCCCACCGCACUCGUCUCGUUUCUUCCGUGCCUGCUAUUACGAGGAAAAGCAAUUGAAGGGUGCCUACCACGCUCGCUAUUCACUACCUAACCCAUCGCCAUAUUCCUCCCAAUCAGUCACUUUGAUCCCUUAACAUAACAUCAUACUUGUGUAAUACGUUGUUACAUAGACUCUCGUUCAAUGCAGUUCAAGGCUUCGCUCUUGGCCACUUUGGCCGCUGCUUGGUCUGUCGCCAAUGCUGCGCCAGCCAGUGAGCUGUCCCCUCGUGGUGUAGCCUUUGGUUGGGGAAGCACGAAGGUCCGUGGUGUCAACCUUGGUGGUUGGCUCGUCGUUGAACCUUUCAUAACCCCCUCCAUCUUUGAGAGGGCCAGUGGUGAUUCAUCAUGGGUUGUUGACGAAUGGACUCUCUGCGAAAAGCUCGGAAAGCAAGGCUGCUUGGACGUUCUCAAACCUCAUUGGGAAAGCUUUGUUCAGUUAUCCGAUCUCCAGAAGAUCAAAGAUGCCGGUUUCAACGUAAUCAGAAUUCCAGUCGGAUACUGGGCCUACAUGGAUGCGGGAGGUCCUUACACAUUUGGCGCCGCGCCAUACCUCGACAAAGCGAUCGGAUGGGCACGCGAGACUGGCUUGAAGGUCGUUAUUGACUUGCAUGGAGCCCCAAAAUCUCAGAAUGGUUUCGAUCAUUCCGGACAUAAGUUGGCCUCACCUGGAUGGGGUCAAGGUGAUAGCUUGAGCCAAACGCAUGACGUACUCAAGACUCUCUACUCGAAAUACGCCAUUCCAUCAAUGCAGGACGUCGUCAUUGCCAUUCAGCUGCUCAACGAGCCGUUCCUCAACCAACUCGACCCUAACAUGGUUAAGAACUUUUACCGUGACGGAUUCUACAAUCUGCGACAAGUCAGUGACACUCCAGCAAUGAUCCAUGACGGCUUCUGGGACCCAGCCUGGCUCAACGGAUUCUUGACACCUUCCGACAACAACGCACAGAAUGUCGUUGUGGACCACCAUGAGUACCAGAUCUUUGACCCUAAUCUGAUGUCAAUGAGCCCUGGCCAGCACAGGGAGCAAGUCUGCGCAGCUGUCAAUGGUUAUGCCAAUGCUGAUAAGUGGACUGUCGUCGGCGAAUGGAGUGGAGCUAUGACGGAUUGUGCCAAGUACCUAAACGGCUACAGGGCUGGCAACCGUUACGAGGGAAGCUGGCCAGGUUCGUGGUGGAUUGGCUCUUGUGCUGGCAAAUCUGGACUGGUCAGCAACUGGUCGCAAUCCUGGAAGGACGACGUUCGGAGUUACAUCGAAACCCAGCUCGAUGCCUUCGAGGGUAGGACCCAAGGUUACUUCUUCUGGAACUUCAAGACCGAGGGCGAUGCCGGUGAAUGGGACCUCUUCCAGUUGUUGGACAAUGGUGUAUUCCCACAGCCAUUGACGGACAGGAAGUUUGGCAAGGUCUGCACAAACGUCUAGCUUAGCUAGUAGAUGAUUAGACGCGCUCAUGUUUCAUGUUGUACAUAACAAUUACGUCAG